CUUGUAGAUUGCUUGGGCUGAGCGGAUGACUGCCGAUCUCUUCUGCCUCUUUUGAAUCUCCGUCCACUAUAAAUCCGGUGUGAAUGUGUGUACUACCCCUCUCUCGAUCCAUGAAAGACUCCAGACUCUUUUUAAGGAGACAGCUCUAGCACGAGAUUAUACACUUCUGCAAUAGUAUAGACAAACACAAAAAAACAUUGCUUCUUCCUUGUUAUCCACUCGCUCCAAAGGAAAAGUACGCGGAGACGACUUUGGUACAAAUCCUACCCGCAGCUCUCGUAUCAGCCCCUUCCUAGCACCGACGGCAUCCCUUGCUUAACAGUUUGGCGGAAUCCACCCUUUGAUCACCUAAGAAGACUUUGCCAGCUGAAACAUUUCUCUUACAAUUCACGAUUGGAGAGAAAAAGCCAGCUUGAAGAUCCUGAAGAUACUGGAAUAAACUGGCAGUGACUCUCGAAGAUUUUUUUCCCUAUCAUUUCUUGACUCGCCAGAGGGAGAUAACGCAGCCCGACAUCAGUCCCCCCACACACAUUAUUGUAGUAAUCGACGGCCAAUACAUACAGAGUCCGUGGUCAACGAGAGAAAGAGUUGAGGCAAGACUUACAGUAGAAUAUCAUCAUGACCCAAGCCAACACCGAUACCACCGUCCAUUCGCCCAUACCUCAACCAAAUCUUACUACCUCGGGACAAGAAGAUCAGGCCAUCCAUCAUGAAGAACUCACUCUCGCUAUCCCUCACACUCCCUUCCUUCCUCUCGCUCUCUUACGUCGUCCGUUUAUCCAGGUCGUCAUUAUCUCAUUGGUCUGCUUCUGUUGUCCAGGAAUGUUCAAUGCGCUAAGUGGUCUUGGAGGCGGAGGUCAAAUAAAUCCAACCGCUGCAGAUAAUGCCAAUGUAGCACUAUAUUCGACCUUUGCAACUACUGCUUUUUUGUCUGGUAGUAUCGUCAACAAACUUGGACCGAGACUUUCAUUAUCAAUAGGAUCAGUCGGGUAUACAUUAUUUAUAGGCUCUUAUCUUUCGUAUAACAUCAACCAAAACAGUGGAUUUGUGAUAGCAGCAGGAGCUCUACUGGGUGUUUGUGCUGGAUUGUUAUGGACCGCUCAAGGGUCGCUGAUGCUGGCAUAUGCUACGGAGGCAACAAAAGGAAGAUACAUUGCCUCCUUCUGGAUCAUCUUCAAUCUAGGUGCAGUACUGGGUGAAGCGGUGGCCCUAGGUAAGAAUUACAACGAUACAACAGAUAGUUCGGUCUCCAAUGGGGUUUAUAUCGGCUUCUUGAUCAUCACUCUCAUCGGCACUUUCCUCACCUUCACCCUCGCCCCUCCUUCUUCCAUCACUCGUACCGACGGCUCUCUCGUCACAAUCGAACGCAAUCCUAGCUGGAAACAUGAACUCCGGAAUAUGCUUAGAACUUUGACUCAAGACCCCACAAUCCUCCUUCUCUUUCCAUUCUUCUGGGCUAGUAACUGGUUCUAUACCUAUCAAUUCAACGAUUAUAAUCUAGCGCUCUUCAACCUACGAACGCGAUCGUUAAAUGCUCUACUAUACUGGUUAUCACAGAUAUUCGGCUCAGGCCUAUUUGGCCUGUUACUAGAUUUUCAGAAGGUGUUCAAUCGUCAACAGCGGGCAUGUCUAGGCUGGAUCAUCCUAACAACGGUUAUCUUUCUCGUCUGGGGUUUUGGUUGGACUGUUCAGAAGGAUUAUGAGCGUGGAUCGGUGGAUAUUAAGAUGGAUUGGAACGAUUCCGGGUACUUGGGUAGGGUCUGGAUCUAUAUCUUUUACGGUAUCACCGAUUCAAUGUGGCAAACAUACGCAUACUGGAUUAUGGGUAUGUUAGCCGAUGAUCCCAGAGACUUAGCUCCACUUGUGGGAUUUUAUAAAGGGAUCCAAUCGGCGGGUGCCGCAGUGAUCUUUAGAAUCGACUCCAACCAAGCCUCAUAUCAUGCAAUCUUUAUUUCUUCUUGGAGCAUACUGGCUUUGGGCUUGUUUUGUCUGAUUCCUUUACUACUAUUUCGAAUCAAAAACGAUGAAAUGCUUCCGCCUAAACAUCAACUACCCCAAAAGCAUCAACCCUCUACAACUUUUAAGUUGGAAAAACAAUCUGUUUGAUUGCUUUUUUUCCUUCAUUGUUUUCUUGUGAAAGACUUCUCCUUUCCAGGCAUCAUACUUCUUUUUCCCUUUUAAUUUCUGACAAUCUUUUUUUGUAAGAAGGAUUUCCUAUAUUUUUAUUUUUUGUUCUUCUUGGGCUCUUGUAUGUAGGUAAAACUUUCCUCUCUUUCUUCAAAUUAUCGUUUUAA